AUGUCGCCCUCAACUAUGAAGCAGUGGUAUAUUAAAGAUGCGGAGCACGACCUUGAUGGCCUUGUUUACCAGGACGCUGCCGUCCCUAAAGUCGGCGAGAAUGAAGUCCUCGUAAAGCUCGAGGCCGCAUCGCUCAACUACCGUGACUUGAUUAUUCCCAAGGGAAAAUAUCCAUUCGCUCUUCAGCUGCCCGUAGUACCAGGCUCUGAUGGCGCGGGUGAAGUUAUCGAAGUGGGCGCCAAAGUCUCCCAGUUCAAGAAGGGUGACCGUGUAGCCACUCUCUUCAACCAGGGCCACCAAUAUGCCGAAAUUGACACCUACGCGGCCGGGACUGGCCUGGGUGGUGUCGUUGAUGGCACCCUGCGCGAGUACGGCUCUUUCAAUGAACAGGGUCUUGUCAAGGCGCCGAAGAACCUUAAUUCCAUUGAGGCUAGCACCCUGAGCUGCGCAGCACUUACCAGCUGGAAUGCCCUGUACGGUCUGAAGCCUCUGAAGCCCGGCCAAGUUGUUCUCGUGCAAGGAACUGGCGGUGUCAGUAUGUUUGGAUUGCAGUUCGCUAAAGCCGCUGGCGCGACUGUCAUUGCGACAACCUCUUCUGAGGAGAAGGCGCAGAAGCUCAAGAAGCUCGGUGCCGAUCACAUUAUUAACUACAAGAAUGACCCCAACUGGGGCGAGACUGCUCGGAAGCUGACCCCCGAUCAAGCCGGUGUGGACCACAUUAUCGAAGUGGGCGGUAGUGGAACCCUCCAACAGAGCUUCAAGUGUGUGAAGCUGGAGGGUGUUAUCAGCGUAAUUGGAUUCCUUGGAGGCGUGGACCCCAAGACCCAGCCGACUGUUCUGGAGGCACUGAACCACAUCUGCACUGUCCGUGGUGUCUAUGUCGGUAGCAAGGCUCUCAUGAAGGAUAUGGUUCGCGCCAUCGAAGCCAAUGAUAUCCACCCCGUUGUGGAUGAUAAGGUGUUUACUCUGGACCAGGCUAAGGAGGCUUAUACUCACAUGUUUGCCCAGAAGCACUUCGGCAAGUUGGCUAUCAAAAUCAACUAA